UCUCUUCAAUUUUGAGAGAGUUUGAGGAUUAUAUUAAAGAUCCGGACAGAAGAUUUGCAGCUGAUACAAUUGCAGCAAUUGGUUUGUGUGCGAAAAGACUGCCAACAAUUCCAACUACAUGUCUUGAUGGAUUGUUAGCACUAGUUCGACAAGAAUCUUUUGCUGGCGAUCCCGAGUCGGUAGAUGGAGAAGCAGGAGUGUUGGUGCAAGCCGUGAUGUCGAUUCAAACUAUCAUAGAGCGAGAUCCCGAUAGUCAUGAUAAAGUGAUAAUUCAGCUGUUUCGUAGUCUGGAUUCAAUAAAGGUAGCUGCUGCUCGUGCAACUAUUAUUUGGAUGGUAGGGGUUUACUGCUCUUUGGGUCCUAUCAUUCCUAGGAUGCUGACCACGUUAACCAAGUACCUUGCAUGGAGCUUUAAAUCAGAGGCAUCAGAGACAAAACUACAGAUUCUUAAUACUACAGCUAAGGUUCUAAUAAGUGCAAAGGUUGACGACUUUCAUAUGUUGAAAAGGAUUAUGGUUUAUAUGCUUGAAUUGGGCGAAUGUGACUUAAGCUAUGACAUUCGUGAUCGAACUCGUUUCCUCAAGAAGCUGCUGUCAUGCAAAUUAGCUUCUCAUGAGCCCACAGAAGACAGUGUUGCAUCACAAGAAAAUAUUGCUGUGCAUGUUGUGGAACAUGUAUUUGGGAGAAAACUGAAACCUUUUACACCUUUAGCUCUAAACGAUCGUUUUUAUCUCCCUGGAUCUCUGUCACAGAUAGUUCUUCAUGCAGCCCCUGGAUAUGAACCUCUUCCAAAGCCCUGUAGUUUUGUGUUUGAAGAACAUGACCAGCUGUCAGAUUUAGAUAGACAAAGGGAGGCCGGAGCUGAUUUGGAUGGAUCUCAGGAAUCCUCUGAAACAGGGGAUGAGGAUGGUUCCUCUGAUUAUGAGUCUGAAUCUUCUGGUGGUUCAGAUCUCAGCAGUGACGAUAAUGGAAGAACGGUGUCUAAUGAUGCCAGUGAUCCAGCUGCUCCUUUGAUUCAAAUUUCAGAUACUUACGAUUCCGCUGGCCAGGAAGAACUAAGGUCCAAAAGGGCCCUGGAUUUGUGGUUAGAUGAUCAGCCUAGUACAUCAAAUCAAACUCCAUCUGCAGUAAAUAGUAAUCAGAGCUCUUAUGCGAAGAUAUCCAUUGGUGAUAUAGGAAGCCGAGUGAAGCCGAAAAGCUAUAGUCUCUUAGACCCUGGAAAUGGCAGUGGCUUGAAGGUAGACUAUGCCUUUUUAUCUGAAGUCUCUACUGUAUCCCCAUUACAUGUUUGCGUAGAAGUUCUGUUUGAGAACAGUUCUGGGGAACCUAUCCUGGACGUGAAUUUGGAAGAUGAAGAAUCAAUGAAGGUAGCAGACUCUUCUGAACAGACUUUGGUUGGUAAAGCAAAUGCAUCUUACAACAAUGUGCCAACACUAAUUCCACUUGAGGAAAUCAGUUGCCUUGAACCACGUCAGAGUGCAAAGAGGCUUAUCCAGGUUCGGUUUCAUCACCACUUGCUUCCCAUGAGGUUAACCUUGCAUUACAAUGGAAAGAAGGUUCCUGUCAAGUUACGACCUGAUCUUGGAUACCUUGUGAAGCCAUUUUCAAUGAGCAUCGAGGAAUUCUUAGCCACAGAAUCUCGAUUACCUGGAAUGUUUGAGUAUAGUCGAAGGUGUACAUUUGACGAUCAUGUUAAAGAUUCAAGAAUGGAGAAUGGGAAAGACAAAUUUCUCAGCAUCUGCGAAUGCAUAACACUAAAGGUGCUUAGCAACUCAAAUCUGCACCUUGUGUCUGUGGAUUUACCAGUUGCAAACACACUCGAAGAUGCAACUGGGCUGCGAUUAAGAUUCGGCAGCAAAAUCUUAAGCAGUGAGAUCCCUCUUUUGAUUACCAUCACAGUCGAAGGCAAAUGCACCGAAGUUCUGAAUUUAACUGUCAAGAUCAAUUGCGAAGAAACGGUUUUUGGUCUAAACCUGUUGAACAGGAUAGCUAAUUUUAUGGUUGAGACGUCUUCUUCAACCAGUCGAUAAGCAAAAUAGAGGAUUUUUCUUGUAUGUCACUAUAUGUGUACUAAACCCUGUUUAUAACAUUCUUUUUUUCUUUAUAAAUUUCUGUAUGAUUUAAAUAUAAAUACAAUGAGAUUUCAUAAA